GCCAGGCUCCUCAGACUGCACUUUCAUGACUGCUUUGUUAGGGUAUAUGAAGCUAAUUAACAUAUCAUGCCAGGUUGUGAUGGUUCCACUUUGUUGAACUCAACUGCGAACAACACUGCAGAGAAGGCCGCAACGCCGAACCUGACCUUGUUGGGUUUCGACGUGAUUGAUGAUCUAAAAGAAAAAGUAGAGAAAGCACGUCCAGGAGUUGUGUUGCUGAUAUUCUUGCUUUGGCUGCCAGAGAUUCUGUUUCAUUCCAAUAUAAAAGAAAUCUCUGGAAAGUGUAUACUGGUAGAAGAGAUGGCAUCAUUUCACGAGCUUCUGAAGUCUUGGGCAAUAUGCCUUCUCCUUUCUCCAACUUCACCGUCCUUAAACAAAAUUUUGCCAAAAAAGACCUCAACGUGCUUGACCUUGUCGUAUUAUCAGGUGGACGCAAUCGGAGUAGGGCUCUGCAAUGCCUUUAGCAACCGGCUCUACAACUUCACUGGGAAAGGCGACCAAGACCCUUCAUUGAAUCCGACCUACGCUGCUUUCCUCAAGACCAAAUGCAAGAGCCUAAGCGACAACACUACGUUCGUCGCGCAAUGGAUCCCGGUAGCGCUCUGUGUUGGAAGAAAGUCCAACCCCAUGUGUGAACCCAUGGACUUUUUGUGUGGAAGUUUGCUUCACCAACCUAGCUAGUUGUGGGUUAGGAUUGCUUUGUUGAAAUCAUGCAAGAUUGCAUGUUGAGCCAUUUAAUCAACAAAGAAAAUCAUG